AUGCUGCUAGCUCUGAUUCCUGACUCUUAACCUAUAAUUUUCCCUAUGUCCAGGUACAUACAGUGUAGAUCAGAAUGCGAAAGGAGAGUCUUUCAAAUGUUUUGCUUCUGUGAGUUAUUGGGUUUGCUUCUUCAUGAAUGAGGAGUUAGAUGAAUAACAUGCACCAUGGCCCUGCUCUCUGCUUCCAGCUGAGCAGGGAGAUGCCAUGAGCCUUCCUUAGGUGGACAAGGAAGCCCAUCUGAUAUCUCGGGUUCUCUGAUUUCCCUCUGAGUACAGUCUGGGACAGGGGAGGGACUUCUCAUAAAUUAUUGUCACUGAUGCUGUUACCAACCUCUCCCUUGGGGUUGAGCCAAUGGGACAUCUGGGACAUUUUCCCUGAACCUUGACAGAGGUGAGAUGGGAGGGGUGAGGAGUCUUAGGAGAGAGGAGGCAGGAGGAACUGGAGCCAGCAGUGAAGGCCUUCGAAGUGCUGUGGGAGGAGGCGACACUUGAUUUCAUAAUGGCUUCUCUUGCUGCAGUAAAUGCAGAAUUUUGCUUCAAUCUAUUCCGAGAGAUGGAUAACAACCAAGGAAACGGAAAUGUCUUCUUUUCCUCUCUGAGCAUCUUCACUGCCCUGGCCGUGGUCCGCUUGGGUGCACGAGGCGAUGGUGCUGCUCAGAUGGAUAAGGUACUUCACACCAAUUCCAUGUCAGGACAUGGAAACUCUUCUAAUACUCAGCCAGGACUCCAAUUUCAGCUGAAAAGAAUUCUCUCCGAUAUAAACACAUUCCACAAGGAAUAUGAACUCAGCAUCGCCAGUGGUCUUUUUGCAGAAAAAAUGUUUGACUUUCAUGAGGAAUAUAUUAGGUGUGCUGAAAAACUAUACAAUGCCAAAGUGGAACGAGUUGACUUUACAAAUGCUGUAGAAGAUGCCAGAUAUAAAAUUAAUAACUGGGUUAAAAAUGAGACACAUGGCAAGAUCAAGAACAUCAUUAGUGAAGGUAGCAUCAGUUCGUCGGUGGUCAUGGUGCUGGUGAACGCUGUGUACUUCAAAGGCAAGUGGGAGUCGGCCUUCCUCAAGAGCGACACUAGGCACUGCCGUUUCAAAUCUCCCAAGUGUCCUGGGAAAGCAGUUGCGAUGAUGUACCAAGAACGGAUGUUCAAUAUGUCUGUCAUUCAGGACCCGCAUAUGCAAGUUCUUGAACUCAGAUAUCAGGGAGGCAUAAGCAUGUACAUCAUGCUGCCUCAGAGUGAAAACCUCUCCGAAAUUGAAAACCAGCUGAGCUUCGAAAAUCUAAUGAAAUGGACCAGCCCCCAAAAAAUGAAUCACCGGUACGUCAAGGUGUUUCUUCCUCAGUUCAAGAUAGAGAAGAAAUACGAAAUUAAACGUUAUUUACAAGCCUUGGGGCUGAGAGAUAUCUUUGAUGAAACCAGAGCUGAUUUCUCUGGCAUAGCUUCAGGAGGUCGUUUAUCUUUGUCAAAACUGAUGCACGAGUCGUACAUAGAAGUUAACGAGGAUGGCACAGAGGCGGCUGCUGUCUCAGAAAACACCAUCGUAGAAAAGCAACUCCCUGAGUCUACCCUGUUCAAGGCUGAUCACCCGUUCUUAUUUGUCAUCAGGAAGAAUGACAUCAUCUUGUUUAGUGGCAAAGUCUCUUGCCCUUGACAAUCCAAUUGGUUUCUAUUAUGAUAGUCUCAUCAAUAUCAAGGAACCACCACGUGUGAAUAGAUGGGAAGCAUAUGGAGCUCCCCUUAGGUUACUUUCUUCUAACAUUGGUCAGCAGAGGACUUUGGUGACUUGACCCUUCUCUGACACCUGGUUGAUUAUCCCCACCUUGCUCUUAGCAUUUCUACCUCCAUCUGCCCCACCCAUUUAUAAUUUCAUUGCUUUUCUACCCACACUCAUUUCUACCAGUCUACUCCAUAGCCACUUGCACAGAGUUCUGGGAAUUGUGGACAUGUGCUCCACUGGUAAUGACAAUGUAGAUGUCAUCCUGGAGAUCUUUUCUGAAACCUCUAGGUGUCCCGGAUAAUCUAGUUUUAUUGUACAUAAUCUAGAAAAUAAGCCCACCUGUUAGAAAUAAGUGUGAAGGAUCACUUUUCCUUGCUGACCUAAGAAGACAUUACUUGAACAUUGAUGUGAAAACAGUCUCUUAAUCUAAAAUCGAAAAAAAUAAGGAUUUGGGUUUGGGGGCCAACCAAAAUAUUUCAUUAAUAACUUCAAGUAAAUGAAUCUCUUUUGGCUUUUCUUUGAUAGACACUUAGUAUGUACAUAGUUUUUUCAAAUAUUAAAUAUCUUUCUACAAUAACUGUUUCCAGUUGUUAUGUACAGUGUAUUAUUUCAUAUGCUGUAUAGUUUACAUGUUUUCUCUACUUAUCAAAAUAAAGAAAAAUAACAUAACUA